AUUGUUUUGACUGAAAAUGCCGUCGGUUUCGAAAGCGGCGGCGGCGGCGCUGAGCGGGUCCCCCCCGCAGACCGAGAAACCAACCCACUACAGGUAUCUAAAGGAGUUUAGGACAGAGCAGUGCUCCCUGUUUUUGCAGCAUAAGUGCAGCCAGCACAGGCCGUUCACCUGUUUCCAUUGGCAUUUCCUAAAUCAGCGUCGGCGCAGACCGCUCCGACGACGCGAUGGCACCUUCAACUACAGCCCGGACGUAUACUGCUCCAAGUACGAUGAGGCCACCGGCCUGUGUCCCGAUGGUGAUGAAUGCCCUUACCUGCAUCGAACAACUGGGGACACGGAGCGUAAGUACCACCUGCGCUACUACAAGACAGGCACGUGUAUUCAUGAGACAGAUGCACGGGGCCACUGUGUGAAGAACGGGCUGCACUGUGCCUUCGCGCACGGGCCCCUGGACCUGCGGCCACCUGUGUGUGACAUCAGGGAGCUUCAGGCUCAGGAAGCCCUGCAGAAUGGCCAGCUCAGCGGAGGGGAUGGUGUACCUGAUCUGCAGCCUGGGGUCUUGGCCAGCCAGGCCAUGAUCGAGAAGAUUCUCGGUGAGGAUCCUCGGUGGCAAGAUAGUAACUUCGUAUUGGGCAGCUAUAAGACUGAGCAGUGCCCGAAGCCACCACGCCUAUGUCGCCAGGGCUACGCCUGUCCACACUACCACAACAGCAGAGACCGCCGUCGGAACCCCAGGAGGUUCCAGUACAGGUCUACGCCCUGUCCUAGUGUGAAGCACGGUGAUGAGUGGGGCGAGCCCUCACGGUGUGACGCUGGGGACAGCUGUCAGUACUGCCAUUCCCGCACGGAGCAGCAGUUCCAUCCUGAGAUCUACAAAUCUACAAAAUGCAACGAUAUGCGCCAAACUGGCUACUGCCCUCGGGGCCCUUUCUGUGCCUUUGCACACAUUGAGAAGAGCCUGGGUAUGGUGAACGAGUGGAGCUGCCGGGAUCUCAGUUCUAACAGCACCUCAGCUUACAGCAGCCAGCCUGGAAGUGCCAAAAGGAAAGAUUCCCCCUCUGAAGGAAGCCAGAAAGCUACUGAGGACAGCAAGCAGAACCACCUCGCAGUGUUCUCAGUGGCUCACCCACUGGCCCACAGCAUAAGCUCCAGUGUGGCGUCCAGCCUGGCGUCCAGCGCUGGCUCGGGCAGCUCCUCCCCUACCACACUGCCUUCGCUCCCUGCCCGUGCCCUUCCACUGGAUCCUGCUGGCAACACUGUGGAGGCAGUCAUAGGUUCUGCCUUAGAUCUUCGUCUUAGUGACAUAAACAUCGCGUCCUUAGAUAAGGACUUAGAAGAGCAGGACCUUGGAUUGACAGGUCCCAGGUCGCUGGCAGGCUCAGCUCCCGUCACCAUUCCGGGCUCCCUGCCCCGCUCGCCAUCCUUGCACUCGUCCUCAUCCCUGUCCACCUCCCCACUCAGCUCGCUCUCCCAGUCCCUGUCGGGGCCACUCGUCUCCUCGGCCAUGACGCCCCCCCAGCAGCCACCACCCCUCCGGUCGGAGCCGGCUACACUGGGCUCUGCAGCCUCAUCUUACAGCUCUUUAGGUUUGAACGGUGUCCCUGGGAGCAUCUGGGACUUUGUUUCUGGCAGCUUCUCUCCUAGCCCAUCCCCCAUUCUGAACUCUGGUCCUACGGCUUCCUCAAGUGCAAGUCCAAACAGUGCUGAGCUGGCACGGGUCAGGCGGCAGCUAGACGAGGCCAAGAGGAAGAUCAGGCAGUGGGAAGAAUCUUGGCAGCAAGUGAAGCAGGCCUGUGAUGCCUGGCAGAGAGAGGCUCAGGAGGCCAAGGAAAGAGCCCGUGUGGCGGACAGUGACCGGCAGCUGGCCCUGCAGAGGAAAGAAGAGGUGGAGGCCCAGGUGAAGCAGCUGCAGGAAGAAUUAGAGGGCCUGGGUUUGUCCUCACUGCCAGGGCUUCAGAGCUUGGGUGACAUCAGUGACAUCCCUCUCCCCAAGCUACAUUCUCUCCAGAGCAAGCUGCGCUUGGACUUGGAGGCUGUGGAUGGGGUGAUCUUCCAGCUCCGUGCCAAACAGUGUGUGGCCUGCCAGGAGCGGGCCCAUGGCACUGUCCUGCGGCCCUGCCAGCACCGUGUCUUAUGUGAACCGUGUGCAGCCAGUGCCCCCGAGUGCCCCUACUGCCAGGGCCAGCCCCUCCCAUGGUGACCAGAGCCAGACCCAUGCCUUCCCUGGUGAGCAGUACAAAGGCCUGGGCGUGCCACGUGCCACUACAGUGUCGAAACUUGCCUCUGGUACCCCACGCCAGGAUAUGAGUUCACGCCCACUGUCCAACAGCCUUUCAUACUACUUUCUUCCCUACCAUGUCCCAAGGUAUUAUCAAAAAAAACCUCGGAAGCACCACCAAACCCACUGCCUGUCCCCUAGACAGGUGGCAUACUUUUGGUGUCCCCAGUCCUGAGGCUGCUGUGGCCAGGCCAAUGGGAGGUCGGGCCUUGUCAAAGCACUUUGUAAACCAAGGCAUUAGAUAUUAUAAAUUGUAUAAGCUGCUUUCUAGGUCCAUGUUUUUUAAUAUGCGAUAACAUGAAGCUUUAUAAGUAUACUGUGAACUUGAAGUUUCCUAUCAGUUUGUGGUUGACUCAUAGUAAUGGUAACUACGUUAGAUUUCAUACUCUGAAACUAUUUAGGAAAGGAACAUUUAUCUAGUAGUGAAGAACUAGAAUUUUUACAUUUUAAAAUUAAGUGCAAACAAAUAGUAUUUAUAAGCAGAGAGUGGUUAUUGAAAGACAUAUACAUUUAGAUGUUCUUAAUUUUAUGGAAGGAACUAAUUUUCCUAAGCAUGUGCAGGUGCACAUGUAUGUGGAGUUUUAUAUUCCAGCAUCAUAGAGUGAUAUCCAGAACUCUGUCACGCACUCAUGUGAUCCGUGGCCACUUCCAAGUGCCUGUGCCUUGCAAGAGAAGUGAAGGGAUUGGUUCAUUUGGUUUUUUUCUUCUCCCUUGAAAGACAAUUUCAUGCUAAUGAAAAAUGCAGCAAAGGAGUCAGACAUUCAGAGGAGUCCAAGAUCUACUCAGAAGGAGCUGUGCUCUGAUGUUUUGUCUGUAAUGGCAACGGUGCUUUGUAAUCUCUGAGUUGCCUGGGGCAACCCAGCUUGUGCUGAACAAGGGGCUGCGACCCUGAGACUGCGGUCUGCUGCACCUGUGACCUCCCUCACCUCCAGCUGAUCCAGAGGCCAGAGGCAUGAGCCCAGGACAGGCUUAGCGCACAUCUGGUACCUGAGCUGCACAUCCAGAUAUUAACAGAAUUCAUCACAGGACCAGCUCUGCUGCAUUCACCCAUCCACUUCCAAGGGGAAUGUGGGCGCUGCUCACAGCUUGGCCUCUGGUCUGUGGCUCAGAUUCUGCUGAGACUGUAUUGAGGGUGGUGACUUCAGCUCUCUACCAUAAAGACUGGGACUGUUCCUGGAAAUCUAGGGAGGGGACUUCUGUCCAGGUGACCCCUCCCACGGUGGCAGACCUAGACAGGGUAGGUAUCCUACCUGCAGGUUCUGCCCAGGCCUUGAAGUGGUUCUCCUUCCCCAUGGCUUUGCCAAAGACUUUUAAUAGCAUUUUUUUAAGUGCAAAGUGACUAGACAUAAAACGUUUUUAUCAGUGACCAAAUUAGAAUGUAUUUAAUAUAGUAGGAAAUUUAAAAGCAUUUUUUAAUAUAAGACAAACUGGUAGAAAAGACCUAUCAUUUUAAAGGAAAUGGAUCUUCAACAUUCCACAGCUAGCCCACUACUUAAUAAGGUAACUAUUGACCUGAUUUCAGUGACUUUUGUUCUUAAUUAUAGUGAUAAUGAUUUACUAUCUCAGUACCUAGAUCAUGUGUAUUUUGUGCUACUGUUACCAUGGUUUAAGAUUGUUUAUUUUUAUUCAUAUUUAUGCACUGUUUCCCAUGUCAGGCCUUUGGUCUCUGUGGUAACAGGACAGUGUUUGUGAUUGAUAGCUCAUCUGGACAAUUUCAAGUUGUAUACAGUUACAAGCAUUAAGCUUUAGAUUGUAUGUAAGCUACUCUGGUUAACUCCUCCUGGGCUGACAUUCCAGGCUGGGGCUGGGCAGUUCUGGGGCUGUUGUGAUGGCUGGGGAGGCAGGCGGUAGUGCACCCUGGGCCCCAUCCCAUGCGGGGAGCUUUCCUGAGCAUCUGCUCUUCUUGAAUCAGGCUGAGUUCUGAGGACAGGUGUGCAGGGAAGGACCAAAGAAACGUCCCAGAAGGGGCCACUUUUCCCAUCCAUUCCAGACCUUUUAGGAGCUGAGGCUUCUAGGAUCUACCCUGGGUGGGAAGGGCCGAGAAGGGGAGAGAGGGCCUUAAGGCCCGUGUGUGUGGGUCAUGGAGGUGGGGCCAUGGGUCUAGGAACUGGGACCCACCAUUGUCCUGAUGCCUGUUGUGUCUAACUCUCUAGUGUUGAAUAGUAACAGUAAACGGUAGUGUCAGAGUCUCGUGUGCCUGGUUGGCAGGCCUUUCCCCAGUAUGGAUGCGCAUGUGGAUUAACUUAUGGAAGCCUUUGUGUGCAUUUGUUCUCAGAAAUUAGAGAAUGUUAAGUGAAUGGAAUCUUCUUAACCCAGAUGGUCAUAUUUAUAAUACAUACCCAUUUACUUUAGUGAAUUGUUAAAGUUGUUAACAUUUGUUUAAAUUUUUUUACAAUAGCAUUUAUGCAAUGGUUUACAGAAGUCAUGGAGUUAUUUUUUAUCAGUAUGGAAUUAAUUAAAACUUUGAAUCUUUA